ACUGCAGCUUGCUAUCAGUUAGAUAGAGAGGUCUGGCCUGGGUAGUCAUCGUCUUGGUAGAGACUAGAGAGGUCGUCAAUGGCAACGCAAGGGGCUUCCACAUUCUUCUCCGGCUUCGACAUGGCGCUGCUUCUUGGAGUCUUGGCUUCUAUCCUUGCAAGGGCAGCGUCCGUUGGCGUGUGCUACGGCACGAGCGGCGACAACCUGCCGCCGGCGAGCACCGUGGUGGGCAUGCUCCGCGAGAACGGCUUCACCGUGGUGCGCCUCUACUGGCCGGACCCCGCCGCCCUCGCCGCGCUCGCCGGCACCGGCAUCAAGGUCGUCGUUGGCGCGCCGAACGACGUCCUCCCCUCCCUGGCGUCCAGCGAGUCCGCGGCGGCGGCCUGGGUCCGCCAGAACAUCCAGGCCCACCCGCUGGUCACCUUCCGGUACGUCGUGGUCGGGAACGAGGUCCCCGCCGGCGAGACGGAGCACCUGGUGCCCGCCAUGGAGAACGUCCACGCCGCGCUCGCCGCGGUGGGGCUGGGCCACGUGAAGGUGACGACGGCCAUCUCGCAGGGCACCAUCGCCGUCCACCUCCCGCCGUCGGCCGGCGCGUUCACGGAGGAGGCGCUCUCCUUCAUGGGCUACGUGGUGGCGUUCCUGGAGCGGACCCGCGCGCCGCUGCUGGCCAACCUGUACCCCUACUUCGUCUACACGCUGGGCCUCGGGCACAUGGACAUGAGCUUCGCGCUCUUCACGUCGCCGGGGACGGUGGUGCAGGACGGCGAGUACGGGUACCAGAAUCUGCUCGAGGCGUCGGUGGACGCGCUGUACACGGCGGUGGGGAAGCUCGGGGGCUCCAGGGUGCGGGUCGUGGUGUCGGAGACCGGGUGGCCGACGGCGGGCGGCGCGGCGGCGUCGGUGGAGAACGCCAUGACGUACAACCAGAACCUGGUGAGGCACGUGUGGAAGGGCACGCCGCGGCGGCCGAGGAGGAGGGUGGAGGCAUACGUGUUCGCCUUGUUCAACGAGAACCUCAAGGAAGAAGGCGUGGAGCAGAACUGGGGGCUCUUCUAUCCAAACAUGGAGAGGGUCUACCCGAUCACCUUCGGCGCCUGACAUCUGUCGAUGGAUUGGAUACGUAUAUUGCGGGUAUUGGUGUCUGUGUGUACCGUAUUUGUACAGAAAUUGUUUGCGACCGCUGAGUGUGUGUUUGCUCAGGCGCGUACGCUGAUAGGGAUCCAUGUGUAUAGGUAUACCGUGUACGUCUACCGUCUACGUAAUGCAUGCGUGGUGUGAUGAGAUUUGUUGGAGAUGUAACACGAUUGCUGGUAAAGCUCAAAGUUGGAUUUCACUA